AUGGUAGCUAAGUUACAGCAGAAGGCUCUGCAGCAACCUAAGCAGAAGAAAUCCAAGUCGGCUGAAUUUCUGAUGGGUGAAAAGGAGCGAGCUGCUGUGGAGGGCAUAGAAAAUCCGGCCUUUGACGGAGGAGGAAGCGGUGAGCCCUCCAUUGCCUUGGUUUGGCCGGGGAGAGAAAUUGGAGGUGACAGGCCAGAUAGCACCCUUGCAGCUCACCAAAAAAAACUGGAGCUGCAAGCUCCUGCCAAAGAAAGAGGAAAUGAACAUGCCCGAAAUUACUUUGACCCAUCGUCAGCCGAGCAGACGGACCCAAGGCAUCGCAGGAUGUCUAGGGUCAAUACUGAAGAUGAGCUGGAAUUAACUAUGUUGAACGCAGAUGAAAAGAGGCUGUAUCAAAGAAUGGCAGAAUUACUGGAUGAGGAUACCUUCAUAGAUUUGCCAGGUACACUGUUAGCCCCUGGGGAUGAGGAGGUGUUGGAGGUGAAGGCGGGUGAUCCAGUGCCUCAGCGGUGGUUGCUGCUCCACAGUGGUGAUGGUGCCUCAGGCCCAGGGCCCACCCAGGCCGAUACCAUUGCCAAAACCCAAGGUGGGGCUAGUGCUAGUGCUGGACUUGAAGUAAUGAGCACUGUAAAAAAUAAUGAUGUGUAUGUAAAAAUGAGGACCGUUGAGGAGGUGAUCUCCCGCUACGCCCAGCAGCUGAGGGAGCGCGUGCGGCCUGACAUGAUCACGCUUGGCAGCCUUUCACUGCAGCAGGUCAGAGCCACAAAGAGGACUAUCUGUAGCCUGUCACCGAGAGUGCUUGGGGAAGGCCAAGAGGAAGUGAUGGCCAAACACGGCCAAAUGACAGAACUCCCAGAAUACUCUUCUUCAGUAUCACAACCCCUGUGGCAGGUUAGCCGGAGCAAAGCCCCACAACCUGUGAAAGUGUGCGUGCGUUGCCUGAGGGCCGUCAGAGACAAACUUCCCCGGGGUCUCUACUCUGUCAGAGUCACCGUUCACAGUUGUCUUGGUGGUCCAGCCCUGGCCUGGCCCAGCAUGAAGGAGAAGCAGCAGUGGGCCCGAACCACUGAGCCGGUGGAGCACAGGGGCCGCUUCUACGACACCGACCUGCACAUGAACCAGAGCCUGCUCAUGACUUUACCUCCGCCUUAUGAGGCCCUCCCAUCCAUGGUUCUGCUGUUCCAGCUGAUCGCUCUGCCAGGGGACACGAGUCACAUCAGCUCCGUACUGGCCUGGGGGGCCUACCCAGUUUGUGACACCAGCCUUUGUCCCGUCCAGGGCAGGUUCAAGACUCCCCUCCUCAGGGGCAAGCCCAGCCCACAACUGGACCAGUUCAGAAAAAUUGAAGAUUUUAUCUCCACUGAUCUGGACCACUGGCUGUGUAACCUUUAUUUCCAGAUAAGGAGGCUCCCAUUCGGAUCCUCUAGAGUGUCAGAGCACUCUGUCAGCCCGCCCAUAGCCCCUCCUCAUCCCCCUUUUGUCCCGACAUCUCCUGAGGUUCAUCAUGGCCCGCUGUCACUCGCCAGACCUCAGCCUCAACCCUCGCUCCAGGCUCAGCCUCGAUGCCAGAGCCCAAUUCAGUCCUAUUCACAUUUCCAACCCCACCCCCAACUACAGCCUCAUGCGGGCCCCAAGAGCAAAGUGGUCCACUCUCAUCGGGGGUCUCCUCUCCACCUGUCAGCUGACUUUGCCUGCUCCUCCUCAUCUCUGCAAGUGCCGGGAAGACCUGGAUCCUGCUCUCCUCCCCUUGUUGACCGAACACGUUGGGCUCUCCGCAUGCUGCCAUCCGAAUUGGGCCUGCCGUUGCCAUGGCAACAACGGCAGCAUAGUAACUGGCAUAGCUCCAUUCGGCAGCUAGGCCUCAUUAUGCUGCUGUUGGCUUUGAUGUGGUUUGUGAGGCUCUACCUGCAUUACUGCAGCCAGUGGCUCUACCUCCAGGCCAUGGCAGUUCCUGUCAACAAAUUCCAGUUUCAUGCACACACGGUGGACCUCGUUUACCAGAAUUCUUUGCUCCACACCCGAGAGGAGCUGGCGAUGGUGGUGGUGGGACCCCUGACCUUGAACGGAGUAACGUUCCUGCUGGUUCUGAUCAGAUGGGGCUGUCAACAGAUAUUUGGCUCACUCCCUUCCUUCACGUCAAAGUUUAUCAUGGUUCAGGGAGUGUGGACAGUCCUCGACCCCCUGGCAGUCUUUGCAGUGGACGCCAUCCUCGGGCGUCUUUCCUAUAGUGCAGACAUCCCAGUUGGUGACGCAGCCAAGCUGUACUGGCACUUCUAUCGGAGCGACCAAUCGGGUGCAAUGGGGGUGGUGAUCACCCUCUUCCUCUACACUGUCCUUUUCCUCCUCUCCAUCACCAUCCUCUCUAUUUACUUGCUCAGAUUCCACAAUGAUGGACGCAUGUUGGACAUCUUUCAGCGUCUCACAGCCAAAGAGGGGACCUAUUUCUUGCCUCAAGACCUGGAACUGUCCAAUCAGGAGCUGAGCUACAUUGUCAAGAAAGCAGAGCAAUGGAGAGGUUUCAACGGUGAGAGGCGCAAGGUGGCAGUGUACGACUACAUCUGGACAGAGGAGGACCCCUUGGUGGGGUCUGCCCCCCACAACAUCUGCCCCCCAGGAGUGGGUGUCCCCACACAAGGAGCAGAAAGAGAGGUGUACACCCAUGUGGCAGUCCACACCCUCUACCUGAGCGGGCUCCAGCAGAGAUACAGGCACUUCCUUCGACAUCCGGAUGGAGCCAUCGUAGAGCCAGGAGAGGGCAGUUCCAAUGAUGUUGAAGGAGGAUUCAAGGUGGGAGAGAAGAAUGGUGUGAUUGAUGGCGUCAAAUGCUGCAGAGGGGUUGAGGAAGGUGAGAAUGCUGAGGUGGCCAGUGGUUGA